AUGGACGACAACAGCGACGGCAGCGCCGCCGACGGCGGGCUGGACGCCAAUUCGAUCACCAGCAUCAGCAAUCUGCACGUCAAGUCACUGGGAGAUCUGGCACGGCUGUCCGGCCACCUGCCGAUCAGCUGGCCGGAUCUGCCGCGCAUGCCCUUCUUCGGGCCUCUGCUGGGCUUCAACGACCAGUGGUACCGUGCCGCCAUUGCGCUGAGCGUGCUGGAGACGCGCUGGCGCGGCAAUCGGUCGCUGACGCCCGAGGAGGUGCAGGUCGUGGCCGGCCAGACGGCCAAGGCUGUCGCCACCAUGGCCUACGAGGUGCCCGUGCUCUUCGGCACCACUUGGCUGUACGAGCGUCGUGGCCGUGCCACCUUUCGCUUCCCCUUCUUUCAGCCUGGCGCCUCCUUCAACCCCGGCGUCUUCCCCUCCGCCCGCUGGCCCGCCCUUCAGGGUACCGCCGCCCGCUCCAUGUGGCACCUCGCCCGCGUCUGCCUCUACACCAGCCUCUCGCACUUUGCCCUGCGCACCCUCUUCAUCUCUUACGCCAUGGCCGUCAAGAACGUCGAGUUCGAGCGUGAUCCCCGCCUCGGCUCUCUGCGCGCUGCCAUCCGCGACCACAUGGCCGACCGCCUGGCCAGCCGCGAACAACAGCUGCAUCCCACCAGAGGAUCGCCCGGUUUGCCGCUGCCACCACCGGGACAUUCCACACAGCCUUUGGCCCAUCCUCGUGAGACUGACAGCUCCGCCUUCAUCUCUACCUCCAACACCCCCACACCAGCUCCCGUUCAGCCCUACGAUGAUCUGUCCGACGAGACCGACAACUUUGCCGCCGACACCCAUGACGAGGCCUCACCCGUUGCGCCCAUCGCCCGUCACCGUGGCUGGAAGCGUGACGUCCGCCCAGACGACGGCGCCAACAGCGGCUCGGCCUGGGACCGCGUACGCAAUCAGGCCUCCUCCGGCGAACCCCGGCCUGUCCCGGUUGCCCACAGCUGGGGCGCCAGCCGGAGAGCAACGCCACAACCGGCGGCCGCGAGCCAGAAACCCACAGACGACGACCGCUUCUCCGAGUUCUCCGUCGAGAAGCCGACUGAACGCCAGAUCGAACAGAAAGAGUUCGACGCCAUGCUGGAACGCGAACGCCAGGGCCAGGGUGACGAGAGAAGGAGGCCGUAG